GGCAGCCGGCGGAAAGUGAACCUUUCCGAGUUGGGGAAAAGGCAAAUAAGGUGAAAGAGCAUUGAUCUGUCGGCUUUAGGACCCGGGAGAGAAAGGACUGUGUGACACAGGAGCAAUAGAGAGACCAGGCUUGGGAGGUGUAGUGGAAGAACCAGCAAGAGAAACGGAGUAAAUGAGAAGAAUUUUGCAGACUAUUGAAGGACAUAGCAGCUUAAUAAAACGCGUAGGGCGUCCAUAAUAAUGACCCGAAGUCACUUGUGAAACCUUGGAGCAGAUUACUAAAGGAACAGGCUUCUCCAGUGUUUCCUCCUUGGUUUGAGCACAGAACAGAAUUGGACAGAGGCGUCUUCCAGAAGACUGUCUGAACACUUAUCCCCGUGGGCCAAUAUGAAUGAGGUUGUGAUUGUGAAGGAGGGAUGGCUUCACAAACGAGGAGAGUACAUCAAAACUUGGAGACCAAGGUAUUUUUUACUGAAAAGUGAUGGUACGUUUAUUGGAUACAAGGAGAGACCGCAAGAUGUGGACCAGCUUGAAACUCCUUUAAAUAAUUUCUCAGUAGCACAAUGCCAGCUGAUGAAGACAGAGCGACCGAAACCCAAUACAUUUAUCAUCCGCUGCCUGCAGUGGACCACGGUCAUUGAGCGCACCUUCCACGUAGAAACCCCAGAAGAGCGAGAAGAAUGGACAAAAACCAUCCAGGCUGUGGCUGACAGCCUCCAGAAACAGGAGGAAGAGAUGAUGGAUUGCCGGUCUGGUUCCCCCAGUGAUAACAUAGGCAUUGAGGAUAUGGAAGUGUAUCUGACCAAACCCAGACUCAAAGUGACUAUGCAUGAUUUCGAAUACCUCAAGCUUCUUGGUAAAGGCACAUUUGGGAAAGUCAUUCUUGUGAAAGAGAAAGCAACAGGACGAUAUUAUGCCAUGAAAAUCUUGAAAAAGGAAGUGAUUGUAGCAAAAGAUGAAGUAGCACACACACUUACAGAAAACAGAGUCCUACAGAGCUCCAAGCACCCCUUCUUAACGGGGUUGAAGUACUCAUUUCAGACCCAUGAUCGGUUGUGUUUCGUUAUGGAAUAUGCUAAUGGUGGUGAGCUGUUCUUUCAUCUGUCGAGAGAACGCGUUUUCUCGGAGGAGCGAGCUCGGUUUUACGGGGCAGAGAUCGUCUCGGCGCUGGAUUAUUUACAUUCGGAGAAGAAUGUUGUCUAUAGGGAUCUAAAGCUGGAAAAUCUUAUGCUGGACAAGGAUGGCCACAUUAAAAUCACAGACUUUGGCUUGUGCAAGGAAGGGAUCAAAGAUGGAGCAACGAUGAAGACGUUUUGUGGGACUCCGGAAUAUUUGGCUCCUGAGGUUCUGGAGGACAACGACUAUGGGAGGGCAGUGGACUGGUGGGGGCUUGGUGUGGUGAUGUACGAAAUGAUGUGUGGCCGGCUACCCUUCUACAAUCAAGAUCAUGAGAAGCUAUUUGAGCUCAUCCUGAUGGAAGACAUACGCUUUCCUCGCACUCUGGCUCCAGAGGGGCAGUCCCUUCUUUCUGGCCUACUUAAAAAAGACCCCAAACAACGGUUAGGGGGAGGCCCGGAUGAUGCCAAGGAGGUCAUGCAACACAAAUUCUUUGCUGGGAUUGUGUGGCAGGAUGUUUAUGAGAAGAAGCUCAUCCCUCCAUUCAAGCCCCAGGUCACCUCUGAGACCGAUACCAGGUAUUUUGAUGAGGAAUUCACAGCUCAGACCAUCACAAUCACUCCCCCUGGACAAGAUGACAACAUGGAAUCAAUGGACAGCGAGAGGAGGCCUCACUUCCCCCAGUUCUCAUACUCUGCAAGUGGGACAGCCUAGAGGAGCUCUCCCUUUCCUCUGGUCCAACCAUUUCCACCAGACCCCACCAGACUGCAUUCUGAAAGAUGUCAGCAUUUCUGUUUUUUUUCUUUCAAGGCACGUGUUUCAGAUACUGUCGUACAGUUGAUUCUAGAAAAAGUAUUCAAACAACAGAAAAGCAACCUUCCUUUAUCAAGUUUACGAGAUGUAACACUACAUUUCUUAAUUUGUCCUUUCUGAGAUUCUGACAUGACUUUUACUUUGUCCCUGUCAAAAAAAGAGACAAACUGAGUGAGUUUGCAGCUCCUUGUGGAAACGUUAGGUUAAUAUUGCUAUGUCUCCCUAUAUUGCGUCAACAACCAAAUCUUUCUUAGCACUUCUGUUAUUUACAUAAAAUAUAAAGUACAAGGAUAGAAUUGUUAGUAAAAAUCUAAACUCUUAUCUAUUUUUUCUAUUUAUGCAGGGAACUGUGCAUGCUGGUAUUCACAGAAUGGGCUGCCUUUGUUUUAAAAUUAAAGCUUAGCCACUUAAAGUCAGUAUCCACUAAAUUCACAGUAUUGCAGUUUUCUCCAAUUUUGUAAAAACUGUAAAAUAAAGUAUCCUUAGAAACGUUACAUUUUGAAAAUAUAGUUUAUAGAAAAUGGGCCAUUAUGAACUUUUUCUGGGAUUACCACAGUGCAAAACAAUUGACUUUCUUCAUCAAUAAUCAUGUGACAUCACUACAAUUGUCUGCUGACUUGGUACAUAGUGCAGAAGGUAUUAGGCUGAGUGCAAGGACUAUAGCUGCAUAGGUAGUUAAACACUCAAACACAAAAUGAGUAACAAAUCAAAAAAGCAAAAUGUUUAGCUCAGGGUUACGUGUAGCAGUUUUUCAGUUACCUUUACAGUCAAGUGGAGGUAAAUAAUUGCUUUGUUCAUCUUGUAACAUGGCUUUUUAGUGCUGUUUGUAUUUUUGACCACAAUCAGCUGCCUCUUCAUUAUUUGACUCUGAUCUACAAAAAAAAAAAAAGAGAAGAGAAGCUCUGGACAGUGAACAUGCUACUAAUGUGUGUCUAAGAACGCUAGAUGACAGUAUAAGUAGCUGAGUUCUCCAUUUCCAAAUAAUUUCCAAAUUUCUACAAUUUGGCAAAACAGUGCCUUACGAUUCCAACCAGUUCCGUGGCUGUAGAAUGAGUCUUAAAGUAUGGACAGGUAUCCACUCCUCAAGGACUGAUGUUAGCUGCAGCAGUUGGUGGAUGUUGCAUGCUAGCAUUUAACAAAUAAAAUGGACCAUUUUAUUAAGGUAAUGACCAAUUUGUAUUUUUUUUGUAAGAGUAACAUUUUAUAUUACUCUGCAUAUAUAUUCAACUUUGCUGUGUAUAUAUAGUGUACGAUGAAUGUCCAGAGGAUUUGAAAAUUAUGCUGCAUCCAAUCCACAAGAACGUUUUUUUCUUUCAAGCCUAAGAAGCUUCAAGUUCAUCAGACUGUUUUAGAACAUUGUUGCUUCUGUAAAAAAAAACUUUUUAAUAGUUAUAAAUGUAUUUUCCUCAAAAAACAGACCUUGAUAAAUCAUUCCUUGAAUAGCAGAUUAUAUAAAUUUUACUAUUAAACAGUUUCCAAGUUUGUAUCUGGCUGAACAAUCACUGUUUUUGUCAUUUUUACAUAUAAUUCCCUGCAAAUAUGUGCACUACUGCAUGUUUUAAAACAGGCAGUGAAACAGCACAUCUACAUUGCCACUGAAAGAACUGAGAGUGAUACUUCAAUGAAGUACUCCAGAUACCUGGUGUAACAUCAGUGUAACAUAUCUCAGUUAUAUUUUCAAAUCGUUCUUUAACAUUUUAUUUCUGAAAUCUAGAUGGCAAAUGUAAUUCUUAUGUACUGCACAUCGCAAUAAGACUUGCAUCCAAAAUUGCUGCGGAGGGGCCUUUUAGUGCAAUAUAGGCUCCAUGAAACUACCUGAACAAAUGAGUAGAUUGUGCAAUAAGAUGAAACAAGCUGCACACUGCAUUUGGAGUUUAAUGACCACCAAGCAAAUGCUUACAUGCAGGUGCUCAUGGGAGAUUUGUUGAAGAAAAAUACUUUACAGCAGACACCUCUUUCUGACUUUGACCAAGAUUGUUAGACAUGGCCAUUGGAAUGGUCCAGAAUUGAAACCUUUUUGUUCUAAACUUCAGGAGUGUGAAGAUGACUGGUCUAUCUGGUCUUCUUAUUCUUGGGAGACUACAGUAGUAGCCCUUAGUGUGUGAGGCUCAAGUGGCGUUGAAAUGAGCUGAACAACCAGUCAUUAUAAAUCUGGGGAAAGAAGAUGAGCAAACUGUCAAGUUUUCCUUUCUGUUCCUCAAGAAUUUGAAUUACUGAAUUUUUAAACAAUCUGUUGGUAGUGGGAACACAUGAACGAAUAAAGCUGCACGGCUGUUUUAAGAGUAUGAUGUUUUCCUCUGAUUCUGUGAAAAUCAGUCAGUAUCCUAACAGGAAACAUAUCGACUUGCGCUCACGGUUUGUGGUAAUAUGAUCUGAAUCUCAAACCCAUUUGCGCAUUUACAGGUCAUGCUCAAAACUAGUAACAUUGAAAAAAAAGAUGAAUCAACUUUUUAAUAUUCCUUUUGUUACGCAAGGGGAGUAAAUACCAGCCAAAAGAUUUCCAGUGUUAAAAAAGAUGAAGUGAACUUUUUGCUAACUUUGUAUUAGUGAUUGAUUUGGAAACACACCUAAUUUGUUUUUCAUUUUCCAAGUGUAAAUGAAAAGAUGAUACAGUAUGACUUUUUCUUUCUUUAAAAAAUUCACAUACAGUGUUUCCUUUACUGACUGAUAUGUAUGCAAUAUGUAAAACCUUUUAUGAAUGUAAUCUUUGGAUUUUUUUCAUUGUAGUUAUUCUUCCCCGCCUUCUUUUUGUAAGUUUUGUACAUUUACUUGUGGGCUUCUUAAGCCUUGGUGUGUCUGAACAUUCAUAGCAUUUAGAAGUUGUCCUUCAAAUCAUAUGCUGUUUGCUGUCUGAUAAUUGCUACUAUCCAAAAUGUAGACCCAGGAAUGCCAGGUCUGCAAUUGAAAGUCACCCACAAAUGUCACGUUGUCUCAGCAAAAAGAUUUAUUUAAAAAAACUCUUACAACAGCUGGAAGAAAUGAAUUCUAAAGACACCAGCUUUAGUGAACAAAGAACAUUAACAUUUUUACACACUGUUCAACUGUUUUUACAUUUAGUAUUUUGUUUCAUUAAAAGUGCUGAAAUAAAGGGUUUUAACUGAAGUAGGUGGCUUCUGUGUUUAAUCAUUCCAGAUCAGUUGCUUUCCUAAUAUAAGAAGUGCACAACAUCAGAUAAUUUUUAUUUUUUUUCAGCUGGUCCUUUAUUUCUUUCUAUAGUCUUAUUUUUCUCCAUUCAUAUUCAUUUUUCUCUGUGAUUCCUUCUGUUAUAACCUUGCAUCUUUUUUUAUAAGUAACUGAAUGUUUACUGUGCAUUUAGCAAUGCUCACUGGGUUGCUAGAUUGUUUUUGUCUGUUUUUCAAUUAUUUUAUCUCAUGUAUUCCAAAACAUCAUUUGUGGAACAAUGCCUAGUAUUGUUUCUUUCACUUUAUGUGAUGAAAACCACAAAUGCAUUAUACAUUAUGGUACUAUGUCACAUUUUUAUUGAUGGACUUGAAUUACAUCACCUGGGGUUUCUAACCCCACCUGGGUCUCAGGCAAAGGAAUAAGACAAAGGGAAGAGCAUGAAGCAGGACCACAGCCUGAUAUAAAAUGGCACCAAAUCCACACCUCAGAGGAGACUCCGUGAACACUUCAGUUCUACAGUGAAAAACGGUGGUAGGCAAUCAAGUGCUAAAUGCUAUUAUUAUAACGUUUUCUGUGUAAUAUUAAUUUGUCCUCCUGUAGUAAAUAAAGUUUAUUCAAUCUGA